GUUAUAAGUAGAUAUUAUUAUAUUGUGUAAAUUUUGCCAAUAUAUUUAUAAAUGGAGAGAAAACUAAUGUUAAUAGAAAUUGCAUAUUAACAUGUCUUGGGACAUAAGGGGGAAGCAAGUCGUAUAAUGGGUUAAAGUUAUUAUGAUGACAGGAUUUUGAUUGACAGAACCAUAUACAAAAAUCAAUAUUCAAAAUUCUGAUGUGUAAUAGCUAAACAGAGGAAUUGAUUGCCUUUAGUAAAAGUGAACAGUUGCAGAGACAGUGUAUCGGGAUGAAAGCUGAGGCCGGCGAGUGCUCGUUCGCGGUGCUGGUCGUGCUGGCCGCGUGCUGGCCCGCCGCAGCCGAGUUCAACCUGCGGCAGAUUCUUUGCGAUUCGCUGGACUGCGAUUCACCGGAGUACGAGACACCCGAUAAAAUAUCGAAAGAAGAAGUACUAAAGAAUAUUACCGAUUUAUUAGGGUUAAAUUUUUUGGAUAUUGCACACGGAGAUGAUCCGUUCAAUAACCUUUUAGAUAUAUGUGGUAAAUUAGAACUAGAUAACUACGCAUACCCAAAUCUCACUAAUUACCGCAGAAUGCCGUUCUUAUUUGUGUAUGAGGCCAGUCCGAUGAAUUUAAAUAAUCGACCGCAAUACCAACAUGCGAAACCGUUUCCACCAAAAAAUAUGACAUACGUGCCGAGCCAACCUCAGUUCCGAUUCCUGUACACUGCGGCACCAAGCUUUAUGGAAUUCAUGGUUCCCCAUCAAAGGCCAGAAUUCGUGCAACACGUUGUUGACGAAUCAUUUUCGGUAACCCAGUUCAAAUUGCAAUUGUUACCUCAAGGAAUCGGACAUUUGUUAACGCUCCUCUCUGGACCUAUCACAUUCGUUCUCGCACUUCUGACGACAGCGCUCCUGUUAAUUGUUGGCUGGAAGGCCGCAUUGCGCCGCACCCUGAAACGGACUCGACAUCGGCGUCACUUCGACCGCAAGUGCGAAUGUAACCGCAAGUGCUGCCUCGCCAUCAUCUUGAUGACAUUGUUAACUCUGUACAUAUUCUGCCUGUGGGGCUUUUACAUGGCGGAGCAACAAAUGGAAGAUGGCAUGCGAAAUAUUGCCCUGGUAUUUUGUAACUAUUCUAGAACUCUAGGUUGGACUUUACACAACGCAUCUAUCCUUCCAAUAUGGCUUAGGGCUAAGCCUUGGGAGAAGCUACCAGAAGGCCCAAUGAAACCAGGGGAAUUUACAAGUUUUACCAAGCAUUGGCUACAUUAUAAUAACCAUUUAAUCACGGACUUGUCCCUCCGUCGGUCUGAUGUAAAGGCGCUGAUGAACAUUACAAGUCAGCUGGACAUCGUCCAACGGAACCUGAUACAAUUGAAAAAUGAUGGCGCCAUGCUAUGGUAUCUGGCUGAUCAACUCAAUACAGAGCUACGCAAACUGAAGCAGACAUUGCUGGAAUCACUGGCCGGCUGCGCUGCGCCGGUCUGCGUCGAGCUGCAGUGGAAAAACCAUAUUAUGGAAUUCAACACCGACACCCCACACGUCCAGAUACCAGAUCUAACAAAGGCGCUGGACAUGGUGACGCAGCUGCGCGAUCAGGGUUUACACACAGAGGUGGCUGACGCACUACGCUCAUACCACUACGUCGAUGUGAAACUGAAUGAAUAUCAAACUCACAUAUUCGGUCACUACGGCGAUAUGUUACAUAAAGCAUGGAAAAUGGGCCAUGUUUACUUGCGCAGGUAUUGGUAUACGAUUCAGAAAUUGUUUCUAAUAAUAGAUGAAAUAGACGCAUACAGAAUGAGAUUUCUGAAUGUCUAUCUUCCACUUAUAAGUAGUAUAUUCUUCUGGAUCUCCUGUUUUCUACUGAUCCCACUCGCGCUGUUACUUGGUUUUCCUCACGGCUUCUUAGGCUAUCGACCGAGAAUGAAUAAUAAAUUAUUCACUUUGAUUAGUAGGGGCACUGGGGCGCGCUGUAUGUACAUUGCCAUAUUUCUGACUAUAAUGGCGUUUGUGAUGUGCGCCGUGAUGACGGUUGUCUUAUUCAUCUUAGGCGCCAUUCUCCAGCGCGCCGUGUGCGAACCGCUCGAGAAUCCCACGCGAAGCAUUUUGAUGACAGCUAUAGUGGACCCCUUCGUAGACAUAGAGAAGUUACAAUUUCGAGACGAAGCCAACCACAGUUCUAAUUACAGACUCAGCACUGUCUUGGACCAACUUAUGUAUCCUGAAUCUAAUAAUCGCCGCCACUAUUACUGGGUAUUCCAUCUCGACCGAUUCGCCCGCGAGGACAGACACAAAUUUAUUUUCUUUAAAAAUUUAUUACGAUCAUUGGAUGAGAUGCAGUCCAAAGCGCCGACACACGUGCUGCCUUCUCGAGUGUCCGUGCUGAGCGACCGCGCCAAGCAAAACCUGCGGCAGUUCGCUAACACUCGCUUCUCGGACUUGGCACUCGACAGAAUUCCAGAAGCGUUGAUGCAGAGUAAGCUGCAGUUCAGCAAAACAUCUCGGGAGAUGGCGCUGUUGUCUGACGCGCUGAAGCGCGCGGCGGACAGCGUGCCGGCCAGCGGCAGCUACGGCACCAUCUCGUCUGACAUACGCACAGCCGCCGCCGCUCUGCAGGACCUGCGGCUGAACAUUGUCCUGCCGAUGUUUGAAUACACGCACAAGAUCAAUAGCUCAAUCAAUAGAGUACAAGAAUCAUUACGUUUCAACGUUAGUCACACGUCGCCGGAGCAAGCGAUCAAGGAUUAUCUUGGAGAGGUGGAGGAAGGAGAACGGUUCAUCAACGAAGAUCUUGAUAAGAAAGCCCGAUUGGCCUUGAGGCAGCUGUCGAGAGACGUCACGGGCAUGGUCCUAGCCGUAUACCGCAGCCAUAUAACAAGGACUUUACCCCCAGGCGAUUUUUCAGUCCCAUACAUCGCAGAUAUGAAAAGGAUGCUUUGUGUUAACAUAUUAUUAUCCGUGAAGAAUAGCAAGGCUUAUAAACUGUACAAAAACACCGCUGUUGGAUCUCCAGAGCCGGCUGCUGCAUCUGCAUCACAGUCACGGCGUCCUGGACGACGGGCUAGGGCAUGGGAAGACUAUCCCAAGCCGCGGAAACGUGAAGCUUACAGCGUCUUACUACAAAUUCUUUAAAUUUAUCAUUUGAUGACAUUAUCUCAUUGAAUGAUCAGAUUUCCAGUGGCCGGAUGGAAUAGACAAUAUACUUUUGCACAUGAAAUAGAAAGGAGUUCCUAGAUUCCUUUUUUAAAUCGCUUGAGUAGAUGCAAUGGCGAUCCCAUUCCGAUAAUAAAUGCCUAAUAUAACAUUAUUUUGCUUAUAGAGUAUUGUAAUAAGGUGGCUAUCGUAUAAAACGAACUGAUUGUUCAUGUUGGCUUCUUAGUUUAUAGACGUGUCAGAGUUGGCGAUGAGCGAUCAAGAGCAAUGUGUUUCAGCACGGCAUGUGGUUCUGUCUGUUUCUCUGCUGCCUGAUGUUGCUGGCCAUGAUCCUGGCGGCGCGCACCCUGGCGAGGAGCUGGCUGCACACUCAGUCCUAUCCCGGACCAACUGCUGUGUAGUCAGUGCCAAUUUCAACACUUAUCUAAUCUACAUUACAAUCUUAUUUUGUUAAUUAGAAUUUCCCUCACAGUUUCUUCCGAAAUCAUAGUAGUUCAUGGUUGUUUUGAUAAGUUAACCUAUUUUUUUUGUGAGUAUAUUGAACUGUUGGCCAACAUAAUUUAUUAACUUGUUCCGACAACAUCUUUUUUCAAAUAUUAGGUCUGUGAAUGAUUUACCAUCAGAAUUUUCCGCUUCCUCACGUUUGGAAUCUUCCCUGACGGAACCGUAAGUUGAUGUUUCUGUGAGUGGUUUAAAAUUAUGUUGAACAUCGGUUUCAAUGAUUCAAUAUUUUACUGGUGAUCAUCACACUAACUCAUAAAUUUGAUGCAAUACGCGACAGUUAGAGAAAACAUUUAUUUUAUUCUGAAUAAACGAUUGAUUAUGAUUCAGCGCGUACGACGAAGCAAAAUGGACUGCAAGGCAGUGGUGCCGAUUGCGCAGGCAAGGCUGCAAGGACGAUAAAUGUGCGGACACGUGCAGAGACCCCUCUAUGCCAAAGUGUCUGCCGUCUGUCCUGCGCAAG